AUGAGAGCCGAACGAACUUUCUGGAUUGUGGCUGGCUCCUUCUUAGCAGUCCUCUGUAUCUGGCUCCUGUUUCCUGGUGCGCCAAUGCAGAACGGGACUGGAUCCCAAAACGUCCUUACUCGUCAUGUAGAGGAAUCAGUAAUAUCGAAACCGCAUCGAGUUGAAGAACCAGUGAUACCGAAACCUCAUGUUCAACAACAUGUUGUGCAUCGUGCGAGUAGGAGUCUCCUGAGUAUGACAGCAAUGGAGCUUAUGGAGGAUGCUGAUACUACUCAGCUGACCACUUGCCAAUGGUCAAACUCUGUGGAAUACAUUGACUACCAACAAGUCACCAUAACCUCCAUGCCCGGGAACCCAUUCGAAAUGGUCGUCAAGGCCGGAAAAGACGACAUUGUCUCCUACUCCAUCAUCUCCACAAACCAAUGGGAGGGUCGCGAAGUCCGAUCUGUAAUCGACCGACUUGCACUAGUUGCCAAGAAACGAGGCACGAAUGUCACGUUGCUCGAUAUUGGAGCCAACAUUGGGUUCUUUUCCCUCUCAGCUGCUGCAUCAGGGUACAACGUUGUCUCUGUAGAAAUGAUGGGCCAAAACCAAGCGUCGCUCCUUAAAUCAAUAUGUAAAAACCCAAGCUUCCACCCACUGAUGCGAGUCAUUCCUUAUGGGCUUGGUGAACGUGGUGUAGAUGGAAGCCGAUCUGUGUGUCUGGCAUAUUCUCUGAUGACAAAUUCUAGGAAUGGGAUUGUUAAAUGUGGGAAUAAUGUAAACGCAUCUGAUAUUCCUGAAGGGUUUUCAUUGAUGGGCACUACACUGAUUAUGGAAUUUGAUGAAAUCGUGCCUGUGGUGCCUGAAUUGAGGAAUGUCGGGGUCGUCAAGCUCGAUACGGAAGGAUUUGAGGCACAUGUGAUGAAAGGGGCUUACAACUUUUUCAAAGAUGUGAAGCCACCAUUUUUGAAGAGCGAGACAUCUAAUUUUAUGUUGAUUCGAGCUGGCUCGAAACCAAGAGAUUUAUUAGAUUUGCUGGAUGAAUUGGAUUAUGAAAUUCACGACAAGUUCUGGGACGGACCAAUCGUUGCCAAAAAUGCAAUCAACGCAACAUUUGAUGGGUUUGACCAGUACCUGUUGUCUCUGGGCGAUGAGGGACUGGGAGAGAUCUACAUGAUUCACAGGACAUGGCUGGCAGCAUGA